AGGGGAUAUUUUGAACGUCACCUCAUUUUUCCGAUUACAUUCUACCCAUUUGCAAUCUUGACAGUUGAAGUAGUUGGUUUGGUAGUGAGCUUGUGCAAGUGUAUAAUAUUAGUACAAUUAAGUGUAAUGUUUUAUUCGCACAGUAAAUACUAGAAAUAAAUUUACAGAUUAAUAUUGAAAAUUUGGGUGAAGUAGAGGAAAAUACGUAGAAUUGUAAAACAAGAUCUCGAGCUGUUUCUGUAUUCAUCCUACUCCACCUAGGAGGUACGUAGCUAGUGGAAUUGAUUAGAACAAUAAUUUUUCAACUUCUCUACUAGUCGAGUCUGAGUUUUGGUUCUUUAAUUAUGUCUCUGAAUGUGAAUGUUGGAAUACUGAAUUGCAUUUUUGACACCUGUAAGGCUCGGGUGGAUGUUAGGGUACGGGUCAUUUGAUGGACGCGAAGGCAACCGAUUGCUCCAUCUUAUCAGACUCCUGUCAUUACACGAACAGGUAGUACUAGCAGUAUUUUCAGGUUGAGUUACAACUAGUACUGGAUUUUUGGUGCAGCUGCAACGAUUUUUCCUUCAUUAUAUAUAUUCGUAUUCAAGAAUUUGAAUUUACUUUUUCGUUCAAUUGUUCACAUUCACAUUCAUCGUAGUUGUAGUUGGUCUAAAAUAAACCGAAGAUAGCAUGAAUCAACAAAAUGUUCGAUUCUUCGUACAAAAACGCGCAGCAGUCUCAGCUUUUUUUUGAGUUGCGCAGGGCCCAAGAUGAUGCUUCAGCAGCAAAAGCACGCACCACCGCGAAGAACAAGGUCUCGCCUGGGAGUGGGAAGAUGCAAUUGCAGGCCUUCGUGAUCUUGCGUCCCUUGGACGACGUCACCGCCUUUGAUGGCGAUGUUGUGGUAACCAGCACCAACGCGUGGCUUCAGGGCAUCAAUUAAGAGUAGGUUAAAGGUGCUUUUGUUCUUACCGCUUUUUAUGUCUCUGUCUCCUAAGGGAGAAAGGCAUAACAAGCGGGGUAAGUUCCCGCGAGCACCAAAAGGCUACCUCUAAAUCAAGAACGGUGGGCUUUACAGCGUAUUGGACUUUCCUACUGGUGGAGCAGAUGCCAAGUUGCAUUCGUUGCACCCAGAUUUGGCCGUUAACUCGAGGAAAGCCUUGGUGGCGAAGCGUGACCGGACGAAGCGCAGACUGCGUAGAGAAGCAGAUGCGGUGAAAAGGGGGGAAGUGGACAAAGGAGCUUACCAACAAAUGCUGACACCCAGAGGUGGUGGCUAUUACGCCAGAGCAGAAAGCAAUUUUUCACCAACUCAUCUUGGGAGUGGUGGAACGCAGUCGCAGCAAGCAAAUCAUGCAAAUCAUGAUUUGUAUACGCCACGUUCCGCCAUCAGUCAACGCAGUGACAACAACUAUAUUUACGCUAGUCCCGCGGUUCUGACGCCAGUAAGCUCGGUUCAGGCAGAUAAUUCUACCGAUAAUGACGACGAAAUGUUCAACGACAAAACCAACAGUCGGUCAAUAAAGCAACAGCGGUUGGCGAGUCCAAGAGAUAGCGAUAACAAGAGCGGCAGGGGUGGAACGGGAGGCAAGAACCUAGGUCCGAGAGCAAAUAGUUUAGAUCCAGCAGCUCGGGGCAUGCAUUCUCCACGAGGGGAGCGCAGUGCAAGCAAAGAAGUGAGUCGGCGGUCAACUUUGGACCCAGCGGCCUUGGGUCAUGGAGGGGGCAAAGAUGUGACCCGCCGUACCACACUGGAUCCUCAAGCGCUGAUGGGUGGUGCCAGUCCUGCAGUAAGUCGUAGCGCGAGCAAACAAAGCAACGUGUCCAAUAGGAGCAAUAGCAAGACCAGUAACGUAGUCGAACAGCAGGUGUCGUUUUUGGAGAAAACAACCUAUGCGCCGAAACCAACGAAUCACGUAAGCAGUCGUACUCCAAGUCGAGGAAACCCGAAUUUUGGACAUCGAACACAUCACAACCAAGUAGAAGGGAACCACAAAACAGCGCUUGCUUUUGCUAGUACGUCUAGUACCUGUAGCAGUGAGGACGACGAUAGAUUGGAUAUGAUGUCCGAGAUGCCUUCAGAUUGCACUGCUCCUGGUCGUUUUGACGAACAUAUGGAAAUAAUGCCACUGUUGAUGUUGGACAAUGAUAGUAGACGUACAGUUGUAAGACCACGAUCAUCAGGUAGUACAAACUCAAACAGCUGUGGUAGUAGUACAAAAAUUUUAUCCACUUCCACGGUUGGAGGAAAAGGAAGCACUUUCACUUGUAAAACGGGUCGUGAAGUAGUGGAGGAGUCAUAUCUCUCGCGUCUUACCCUUGGAUUAAUGCCGAGCACGAGCACCUUUAUAACGUUGUACGAGGGCAGGCACGCAGAGCCAGGCAGUGUUACGGCUCACCACAUUGACAUCGCAUUCUCCACCUCCAUUCUUCUUGGCCUUCUUCUUAUAAAUGAAAAAAAGCAGGUGGUCAUUCAAGAGAGAUCAUCAUCAUGUUCUGAAGAAUGCAAUAACUCAUACGUUCUAACAUCAGUGGCGGAGUGGAUACUAGUCGCGGUUUUGUAUCGCCACGACUGUCUCCUAAUGCUGACCGAAGUCCAGUCAACAGUCGGCAAGUGAGCAAGCAAAGUGGGCGAUCUUCCAACUUGGACCACCUACUGGACGACGGCUUGCCCUGGGACAACCCGAAUCACCCGAACAACAGGAAAAACGAGCAGGACGAGCUUAGGCCCAAAUUAAGGCUAGAAGAAAUCCAUAACUUUCUCUGGCAUCCUCGUCCCGUUUUUAAAGGGAAAUAAAGGAGCCUCACGAUGCUGCUGAAGAUGGAUUUCUUCUACCUCUAACCAAAGGCCCAACCGUGUAUCAUGUCAAACACAGGAGGAUGGUGAAGCCGGGCUUGGGGGGAAGACCUGACGAUUCGGGGGAAGCGCCGGACCACGAUAUGAUGGAUCACUUGCAGGCCGUGAUCGAUAGCGGGAACGACAUCGCAGUCCUCGGUGACGUAGCCGAUCGUACCGCCAACGCCGCUCCAGGAAGCAAGAACUACAGACCGGCGUACUUGUUAACCCCACGGGAUCAAAACCCUCUGGCAAGAACGACCGGAGGUAGCAAUACGAAUGGGCCCAUACUUUCUGUUACUUCGACAUCGACAGCAGCGACCACUUCUGCAUCCUCCAACAUUGGGGGAGGAAACAACUACGGUUCUUUAGGUAGCGUCUACGAGAACAACACACAUCAGGGCGGACCGUCGCCACGCACCCAGACAAAGCAUCGCGCAGUCCAAAAGUCUAAUGUCCGCAGGAAAGCGGAGGAUGGGCGAACCGACGUGGUUCGAUUGGAACUGGGUGAAAUUGUGGAGACCGAAAUUAUAGUAGAGGCGGAUAGCUCAGCAACAGCAGUCCACCGGAAUGCCCAGUUCUCAUCGGGUCUAGCCAAGGCACAACGCGUGCUUCACACGUGCUUGCCGGUCUAUCCAGCAGACGGAGGAAACUCUGACAAUACUGCCGCACGCCCGUCACAAUCACUGAGCCCAGAACAGGACCCGACGAGUCCUGAGUUUAGAAUCGACUUAAGUAUUGACAAGCACACAGUGCACGAUCGCUCUCCCGAGGCUAAAAAGCUACGCGCGUCAAAGCGGCAAGCAUUGGAGGAGCAAGUCGGCUCAGCGGAAGUCGCGAACACGUUAUUGCGGGAAGUGUACCACGACACACUCUAUUGGUCUUUGUUCGGAGACCCCCUAGCAGAGUCCAAGAGCAAGCAGCAGCUGUUGCAACUGCAUUCAAAACCGGACUUGCACAUGUGCUAUCCGGCACUCGGCUGCGGCGCGCGACGCUAUCCACCUGCUGUGUCCGCAAGGAUGGCGGUCCAAGGAUGGCUCGAGAGUUUAGAGCAAGACCUGAGUUUAUAUCAGCAAUUGCACCAACUCCAGGACGCCGAACUUCCGAGAGUAGUCACCAUCGAGGUCAGGUUUUCGAAGAACACCGCAGUGUAUAAAGAAUGGUCAAGAGUGUGCUUUGAGAUGCUGUGCCAAUGCUCGGAUAAGGUACAUCGCGCAGCAGUCGCGAGCGCGAUGGACCAACACGCUGGAGAAAGAGGAGGAGCACACCCAGGUAUGCCACAACGACCCGUAGCACAAGCCCCCAAGGCUGAAAGACAGAAAAAACUUUGCUGUUUUGGCUAAUUCUAAUACCCUUUAUUUCCACGAGGGAGUAAGUAGUAAGUUAUAGAUUGACUACACUAGCAGAAGCAGAUCCAGAUGAGUCUGCAAAGCAAAGUCAUUCCUAUUUGUUUUUCCAAUUGAUGUGUCUUAUUUUACAUACAUACUACUAUUAGUUCAUCAAUCAUGUUAGUUAGUCGUGUGAGAAAGAAGUCGAUUGAAGAGCGAGUGCGAGAGUCGGGAAGCUCUCAAUCGUCUUUCGAACGAGAUGAUGCAAUGGUGACAAGAACCAGAACGUACAACAUUGGUUUUAUAUUGAUUCAAUUACUAAGACAGCGUGUAGAAAAGGCACUACAUCUUAAUCGUGAUCUUCAUCAUUUUCAUGUUUUUAUCAACAUCAUUCGUUAUUUUUCGAGAAAGUGAUUCCAUCGUAUUGAGAUCCCAAACAAGAUUUUUCAGCACCUAAGAAUAUGAUCAGUACAACAAAAAAGACUAAGUUUCUAAAUCUAUAGCAACUAUUCUGCAAGAAUCUAUGGAUCUACUCUUACUAUGCGUCAUUCCAACCCUGUGUAUCACGCAAUGUCUUUGCAUUUCAACAACCGCAUUGACGAACCACGAUGAUUAUAGAGUCAACGAGAUCUGUCCGUCACAUGCAU